AUGGCCCCCGGCCACCGCGCGCGCCACCGGCCCGCCAGGCCCGCGCCCGGCCCUCGGAGCCCGAGCCGCCGCCCGGCUCCGCCCGCGCGCCCCGCCGCCCUUCCGCCGCCUCGCUCGCCGUGCCUCGCCGCCAACGCUCGCCUCCCCGCCAUCGCCGACCCCGCCGCUAUCGAGUCUUCCUCGCCGCCGCCGCCUCCUCCUGCGGGAGCCCGAGGCCCGAGCCUCCACGCCCGCGCCCCGUCUCCGGCGACGUCGUCCCCGACCCCGCGGCCGCACCUCCUCCGGCCGGCUUCCUCCCUCCCCCGAGCUCACUCCGGCUGCCCGUCCUCGAUCUCCGGCGAGCUCGCGCCGCGCCUCGGUUCGCGGGCCUGCCCCGAUCCAGAUCUGGGAGAGGUUGACUUUCCCCUCGUUUUCUGCUGA